GCCUUUUAUAUCAUUGAGGGUUUCUCUUUUUUCUUACCUCUCUCUCUAUUUCUUUAACAAACAUACGAAUAAGCUGAAGAUAGUCACAAAAAAUCGCCAACAUGCAAGGAACCGAGCGUGGUUUGAACUACAAAGAGACCGAGCUGUGUCUAGGGUUGCCCGGUGGUGGUGGAGGAGGAGGAUCCGCCGCAGCUUGUGGUGGUGAAAAUGAAGUGGAAAGUUCUCAAAAGACCACAGGGAAAAGAGGGUUCUCCGAGACUGUUGAUUUGAAGCUUAAUCUUCAAUCCAAGGAAGCUGGCAUGGAUCUGAACCACAACCUAGGGAAUGGUUCAGAAGAAACUUCAUGCACCAAAGAUCCUGCAAAACCACCAGCCAAGGCACAAGUAUUGGGUUGGCCACCAGUUCGAUCUUAUCGGAAGAACAUUAUGGCUAACCAGAAGAACAACAGCGAGGAAUGUGAGAAAGCUGCCCUUGUCAAGGUUAGCAUGGAUGGUGCACCAUAUUUGCGUAAGGUGGAUCUGAAGUUGUACAACAGCUACCAAAAUUUAUGUGAUGCCUUGGCCAAGAUGUUCAGUUCCUUCACUAUGGAAGCGAAUUAUGGAUCUCAAAGUAUGAUAGACUUUAUGCACGAUAGCAAGUUGAUGGAUCUUCUCAACAGUUCUGAUUAUGUGCCAACCUAUGAAGAUAAGGAUGGCGACUGGAUGCUCGUGGGCGAUGUCCCAUGGGAGAUGUUUGUUGAUUCGUGCAAGCGUUUGCGUAUAAUGAAGGGAUCGGAAGCAAUCGGGCUUGGUAUUGGAUCGAUGGAGAAAUGCAAGAGCAGAGCCUAAAGCAGUAAAGAUCCUGGAAUUAGAGUAACUGGUCUAGAUGGUGUAUGUGUAUUUUAUUUGAUAUUUUUCAUAUAUGUUUUGGUAAUAUAUAGAUAUGCAAAUAUAUUUGGGACAUUUGUGUAAUGAACAAGAAGAAGUAAUGAACUUGAACUCCAUUGUCUGCC